CGACGACGCACGCAGGGCGGCAAGGGCGACAAGCAGUCGAAAAAGGCGACGACGUCGCAGUAUCGCGGGGUGAGACAGCGCCCGUGGGGGAGCUGGGCGGCGGAGAUACGCGAUCCAAAUCGAGGCGCGAGAUUGUGGCUCGGCACGUUCGAUACCGCCGAAGAGGCGGCGAGAGCGUACGACGCGGCGGCGAGACACAUUCGCGGGCCAAACGCGAAGACGAAUUUU